CAACCUUGAAGUCACUCAUCCACAAUCUCGUCUCUUCCCAACAACAGGCUUAACAAGAUUGGGUCUUGGAAUCAUGGGUCCAGCUCGUGUUAGACAGCGAUCCAGAUGGGGCUGUAAAAACUGCAAGCUUCGACGGGUCAAGUGCGACGAAAUCAAACCCAUGUGUCGACAAUGCCAGGCUUAUGGUGUCUGCUGUAGUUUUAGCUUCACUCAGUCUAAGACACAGCCCCUGCAACCCGUCAUCGAGCAUGUCCUUGCCCCGCCUCGGCCCUCAGCUGGAUUACCUUAUUGGGUUCGCCCGACCGAUCGGUUGAUAACCCGAUUCCAACUACAAAUCGCCGCGACCAUGAGCUAUGGCAAACGGCUGGAUGUAUAUCGAACUCAGGUGGUCGAAUUGGCACAGACAACACCAUUCCUCGAGCAUGCCAUUACGACGGUAGCCUUAAUGUACCAGCGCCAUACAACAACCCCCUUCCGAUUGACCCCCGACUGGGCGGAAUCCUACCACUGGGAUCGAGCCCUGGUUGGCUUCAAUCGAAAGCUGGCAUCAAAUCCUCAAUCCGAUGACAAAGCCGCCUUGCUCAGCACGUCCAUGCUGUUGUGGUUACUAGUCUUCUGCCAUGUCGAUGCAUCGAGUCCAGAAGAGGCCUGGCCGUUAUAUCCAAAUCUCGUCAGCGGUCCCACCUGGUUAAGGAUCGCGAGGGGAAAAGACGAAGUCUGGCGUCAGAUGCCCUCUCCGCCGCAAGACCGCAUUUCUGCGGCGCUAGCACCGGUGGAAAACAAUCCCAUCAUGAACCGACCCGCUCCAUCCCCGGCGCCUCUUCAAGGGGUUCCCGCCUCAUUUCUGCGGCUCUUUGAUCUCGACUCAGGGAAACAGUCGUUAGACUCUGGACGGGUGUACCAUAGUAUCGCCGUCGACGUUGCGUGGGCGCUGUUCGGUGAUCGACCGCUUCUGCCCACGGUCUUGAGCUUCGUCACAUUUCUCAGUACCAUGUCUCCCAACUUCAAGUCACUGUUGUUGGCGAGAGAUCCUCGGGCGUUGCUGUUGCUGGCUUGCUGGUAUGGGAAGAUUCGGGGACUGGGAGUGUGGUGGAUGACCCCACGGACAGUACUGGAAGGAGAGUCAAUAUGUCGGUAUCUAGAACGAGGCUACCCCGACAAUCUGGAUCUACAAAAGAUGCUUGUCUUGCUUCGGGCGCUAUAAGUGUGUUUAACGGAAAGAUAUCUGCCUUCUCCGAGUAUAGGUAUCCGAUGUCAGAAAUCUUUACGUCUUAAACUAUUUACAAGUCUUUUUCACUGACUUGAGAUUGAGCUGAAGAGCUUGGCGCG